AUGACCCAUGAGGCACCUGACUCACGUCCGCAGGAGAUGAGGAAUAUACGAGGGACGCGGGAUCGUGUGGCUGAUGCUGCCUGGGCGCUGACGCCCUCCUGGACGUCUGAGGCGGUUCCAGCGACGAGGCGGAGAUCACCACUGUCGAUGGGAUCUUUCAGGGCCGGCGGUUUCUCCGAAGUUCGACUUCGGGAUGGCGCGGAGGUCGGGAAUCCGGAGACUGCGAACGGGCUGAUACAAUACUUCAGGAGCAAUCCAACGGCCCAGAAUAUACGGAUCGAGACCCGGAGCAGCGUCGAGUUCCCUGAGGUCACGGUGUGUCCCGGAAUCGCGUGGAAUUUCACGGCGCUCAAGGUCCUCAACGAGACCUGGAUUACAGCUUACAAAUCCAUUUGGAGUGGCUUGUUUCAGAAACUGCUCAACAUUAGUGUCUUGGAAGCACUGAAUUCGUUCACCUUAACGGACUUUAAUAAAAUCGUGGCUACCUGCACCAUAUAUCCCCAUCCGUUCAAAUCGUCUUCUUGUUCUCCUCGGCACGGCUGGACUUGGAUCGAUGGCAGCCGCGUCUACGAGACCGAUGCGGGGUAUUGGAGAGAGUCGCCGAUCGUGAAUUGGCAUGGCUCGGAUUCGCCCCUCAAAUUUUGCUACACUCUCCACGUUAAAUCGGAGCUCCGGAUGCCGCUUUCUUCCAUUUCCCCCGUCAUGGAACUCGGUCUGAGUUUCAAAGACUCCGUUAAUGAAUUGGAUAAUUUCAAUAAAUUCGAUAAAUCGGGCAAUCCCUAUUACCAGAUUCGCAUAGACUCUUCGCAGGAACCGUUCACAGCAGUGAGGAACAUCACAUUAUCGGGGCAGAUCUUCUUCCUCUUGGACGGGAAGAGUUACAUGCUGAGUCUGUCCUUGAAAUAUUAUCAUUUCCUGCCUUCGGGCAGUAAGUGCAAUGGGGACGAGGACUACGACUACAAGAAGUGCGUGGAAACGGCAAUAACGGAAAGGUUAAUGAAGAAAGCCCCAUGCGUCAAGUCGUCGGUGUUGCCGAUGAAACACGACCAGGCGGCAACCUUGCGCCAGUGCAACACCUCUCAAGACGAAAGGGAUUUGAUCAACUACUACCAUGGAGUGCAGAAACAUUUCGAUCCUGGAUGCCCGAGGAAAUGCAAGAGGACAACUUAUAACGCGAUCCAACUCGACGAUCCAGAUUUUCCUUACGAUCCGCAUUACGGCAUGAUCAAGUUGAACACCCCCAAAGCCGAAGUCGAGAUCGUGAACGAGCACGAGCUGACAUCGCUGGAACAGUUUCUCUCCAGCAUCGGAGGGAUGGUCGGGCUCUACCUGGGAGUCUCGCUCAUUGGUGUCUACGAAUGCUUGGAAUUUCUUGCCGUUUGGCUCAAGUCCCAAUUCCUCAAGGCUCAGAUUGAACGCGCGCAUCUUUGAAUUAGAUGAUGUAAAUAAUUUUGAUCAGCCUCAAUAAUAACUUUCCUGCCGG